UGGCGCUAAUUAUAAAUUUGGUUGGCAAGAUGCCCUCCCUAUUGAAGAAGGCAGUCACAGGAUCUGGCGCGAAUGGGACGUCACAGAUUGCGCUGGAAGUGGAAAGGUUCUCCAAAACUCUACAAAGGCUUCACUCUGAUGUAAAGGAAUCGGGCUUUAUGGACAUGGUGUUGGCAGUCGUGGAGACGGAUCACCCCCUCGUGGGUAUCAUCCCGGAGGAUCUAUGCAUCCUGCCGUGCAUUGUGGGAAGGAAUAAAAACGCUUCUAAGAUUAAAAAUCGUACAUCAUCAAAAGCAAAGACACGAAACCCGAGCACAACCUCGCUGUCAAGCACGUGCGAUUCUGCGUCCGAUUUCACCUUCGAGGGGUCGCCGCUGAAGCUACAAGAGAUAACGAGUAUAGAGGGCGCUGGUGAAGACUUUCCGAGUUUGAAGUUGAUUGAUGCUGAAGUGAUUGACCAGCGACCAGUCAGUGUUGGAAGUGCCAGGAAAAUCCUCUCGUAUUAUAAUAUGGUGCAUACAACACGGAAUCAGAGUUCAUUUGAUGUUCUCACGAAUCCUAUGCCAUUGUGGAUUGUCACAGAUGCCAGAGACGAAGAGAAAAUUGCUUAUUUUGGAAAUUUCAAACUUCAAAAUGUGUUAAAGACUGUGCGGGUUAUGUGCUCAACAGUUACCUCUGGGAAAGACGUCGAUAUCAAAACAGUCAAAUCCAAACACCUGUUCUGCACAAAGUCCAAGGAAUACACACAAGCUUAUAGCGCCACCUAUGAAGUUGUCAAGAUGAUCGACCCGGAGACGCAUGAAUCGCACGGAAGUAUGAGGUUGGAGUAUGAAUGGGAGAACGCACGGGAAUUCCUUGAUCUGCCCCCGCUGGAUGCAAGAGUAAAGGUGCUGACAUGUAUAAAGCCAGGGGACAGAUCUAGUCCAGCCAACCAACAGUACAAGCAGCUCUCAGUUUUAAAGAUGUUCAGUGAGGGUUUAGAGACUCAGCACAUCUGUUGGGCGGUGGAGGAAAAUGAUGUACCGCUGAUAGACAGCGUCAAAGAUCUCUUCAAAAAAUGCACGGAUCCAACGCUGAGAAUGUCUGAACAGCAACAAGACGACACAGGAGAGGAUGCGACUGCUUCGAUCGAUCAUCUUAAACUGAUGCAGACAAGACUGGAGACGGAUUUCACCGAGAAAUUGUGGAAUGUUCUGAUAGAGUGCACAGCCUAUCAAGAAUUGAAAGAGAGUUUGAGUUAUGUGUUCACUGCUUUGAGGAGAGUGGAGUGCCUACCAUGGAUCAGCCCAAACAACAAGACAAAACUGGCCCAGUUCAUCAUCGACUGCGACAAGAACAGCAACCAGACAUUGCCUCACCUCGAGGGCUUGGCACCGCUGGAGAUUCUGAUAGAGCUUGGCAUCAAUAAACUUAGACAGGAUUACAUAGAAUUCUUUGUUGGCCAGGAGUUCGUUCAACCGCAUGAUCUUGAAUUCUACAAGGAUACAAAUCUCUCCAUCCCCGAACAGAUCAUCCAGCUUGAUAAGCUGCAUCAUGCUCUCGAGAUGUUCUUGGCCAUGAAACAACACUUACAUCUUCGUAGUACAUAUUUGGCUGCUACUGCAAGAAUGGCUCUGAGUUACUACAAGACACACGACACUGACCCAGAUCACAUCUUCUCACUUUCUGUGGCUGCAAAGAGUGUGCGAAAUGUAAUUGAAGGGUGCGCCCCAACAAGGUGGAAAAUGAAACUAACAAGUCGUAGCAGCAUUUCGGAACAAAUUGGCAACACAGAGUGUAUGGCUGUUAGCGAACCGAUUAUCACUCACGUGCCAAUAGUGUAUCCAAAAAUGGACGAGAAUGAUCAUUCCAAUGACGAUGGGACAAUUUUCCAGUUGUUGACGAUAAAGGAAUCAUUUAGCCCUAUAUUCUGAUAGGAUCUUCUGAAAUCUAUAGAACAGUUGGAGAUUCUUGUGCAAUAAGUGCUAUCUUUGUGAAAAUUUGACUUGGGACAUAUGUAUUUAACAAAGUGAAAGUUUUGGGUUUUUCCUAUGUAUAGUAACCAACAUAGAGGUUAUCAGCCAACUGUUUACUUGAAGCCAGAACUCAGAUUAGCUGCUUAAUCAGUGCUAGAAACUGAGUAUUUCCGACUGUUACCGGGUCGGAGUGAGAAAUGUGAAACAAAGAGCCUUGCCCAUUCUCAGGUCUCGAGUGGGGAUCGAACCAGGGAUCUCGUGACAGCCAGUCAGAGACCCCAUCCUAUGCCUCUGAU